UGUCCGUACAAUGAACCUACCGUCAGCUGUUGUGUGGGUUUACUUAUUUCCCCUCUCUCCUCCCCCUCUAUAUCUUUCUGAUCCUAAGCAAUUUAGGAACGUUGAUGGUAUUGCAGCCCAAAUAGUUUCCAACUAACCACAUUGUUAUUCUGUGUGUGGCACCGUUUUUUUCCGAAAGAGUGCUGCCUACCCGGUGCGUCUCCAGCGUUUUCCAUUUGGAAAUAGGGGUAGUCUGUGCGCGCUGGUGAGCAACUAGAGUGACUCAACCAAGUUUCCCUUCUGUCUGAGGAAUGAGUAUACAUACCGUCGGGAGAGGACGAGCCGAAAAGCGCAUGAUUGAAUGAAUAAAAUGCAAAGCAAAGACCUCGACACCGAUUUGGUGGGAAAUGCGUUGCCUGAAGCAAUAUGGAAAAAACACACAUAAGACACUGGUUUGACACACGCUGGACACGGGGGACACAGAGGGCCUAGAGAGAGAGGUCAUGGAGUACAGGGCAGACACACAGACAGACGGCGUGAACUGGACGCCCCAGUGUACAGGACCAGCAUGCCUCAGAUUCCUGAUACUCGUCUGUCCAACCUUCUAGGCCCUGGCCUGGCCUGCCCACCCCUCUGCUUUUCACUGUUUGUCUAUAUAUAGCCAUUGCAGGCCUGUGCUCGAAUACUAUUCGAAAGCAUUUCAAGUACUUUAGCUGUGUUUGAUUGAGCUUGACUGGCACAAUGGGACCAUUUUAGAAUAGUCGAAACAAGUACAAAAACUGCCUAUCGUGUACUCCAGGCAGGCUGAAGCAAAUUCUCAAAGUAUUUGAAAGAUUUAAAAUAGUAUUUGAACCCAGGUUUGAUAGAAAGUAGCGACCCGUCAACAUGGAAAUCUGCAGUGUCAUAGUGUUCAUUAUUUUGACUGAUUCUAGUGGCACUUCUCAGGGUCUGUGCAAGGCGGCUGUUGGAGUGGUAGGAACACUCCAAGUAGCAUAAAAACACAUUAAGUGUGUGUGUGCACGCGUAAAAUGCUGUUAUCGAGCAUUGAAUUGCACUGUAAAUGCCUUGCCUUGUUCUCUCUUUUUAUCGAUUCUCCCUCAAUGAUAUACUGUGCCAAAGGGAUUUUCCGUGCUGAGUAGAGAGGUGGCUGUGGAUUGAUUUAUGCAACAUGUAUUAUAAAUCAUGUAAAUGGUGACCGCCUUGUAAAGAGGGAGAAAGGCUCUCUCAUGGGUUUUGACUGUAGGUUCUCCCAGGGUAGAAAGAUUCAGGGGAGACAUUACAGUACUGUGAAGGUAAUGGCGAAAAGGGAGUGCUUCAAGGUACUGUAUUUGGUCUCUUCAAAAUGUAGAGAGACCAAACAAAGAACGUGCCUAUUGCUCACUCAACAAAGUUCCAGUUUAUUCUGCGAGUAGUAACGUGGCGGAAUGAUUGUGAAACAGCUAUUUCGAAGACAAUUCGCACUUGAAAACACACCGGUUGGACAGCAGUGUCUACCUCAUGACAUGCUUAUUGCAUUCCCUUUUUAGAAGUUGUUUUUCACGUGCUUACGCUCAGAUGACUUGGGUCGCUGUGCGACGCCAGAAGGAAGCAUUUGAAUGGCUACUCGACAGUAAAUCAAGUAAUGGUUAUAUCGGAAUUCAUUGAGUACAUCUGUGCAAAUAUCGGAUUUGCAUUUUGAAAAGCACAGCGAGUAGCGUGUUAGCGAUUGGUUGCUGUGCUUUGCCCCAAUCCUGUUUGCGGUCAGGGUAACUGGCAUGGAGUUACCAGGCUUGUUGCUCAGGGCCUGUAUUCAUAAAGCAUCUUAGAGUAGGAGUGCUGAUCUAGGAUCAGGUCCUGUUUGUCCAUGUCAUCUUAUUCAUGAUGAUAUCAAAGUCCAAACUGAUCCUAGAUCAGCACUCAUACUCUGGGCACGGAUGACUAAAUGUCAAUACCACAUAGAAUAUUAUAUAUAUAUAUAUAUAUGCCAUUUAGCAGACGCUUUUAUCCAAAGCGACUUACAGUCAUGUGUGCAUACAUUCUACGUAUGGGUGGUCCCGGGGAUAUUAUUCAGUGAGACCAACAGAGUGUCUAUUCUCUUGGUCUUUGCAUCAGCCAUCCUUUCUCUGUUGUUGGGAAGCGCAGGGAUGCAGGCAGCCAGAAUAUCACGUCCAUAAUGUCCCUCGUUUCUAUCCACUGCACCAAAACACCAUGGAAUAUUAAUUAGCCAAACCUCCCCUGGCCUGCAGCACAACACAAAACAACACCUCUCAUUUCCUCCAACUCUUACGCUUUCGCUUACGCUUAAGGUUUCAUUUGUAUUCAGCCUACACACUGUUCCUGCAGACCGGGCUUUCUUGCACAUUUACAUCAUAGACUCUACACUGUAUAUACCAACACAGAUUAUCAGAGCGGUCGCACUCAGCACUGCUACCCAUUGUGUUGUUGAUGACAAUAGUCCUCAGGUGUUAAUGAGUUUGCUUUGAUAUGCUCCCUCAGGGGUAUAUGAGAGCAACACAGUUUCUGUCUGUCAAAGACUGUGACCUUUGGAUUCUACCUUGCCAUAUCCAGCCCAGGGAAUGUAACACGUACGUGUGUGACUAUAUGUGAAGUAGGGUAAAAUAGUAAGAAGGGGGGUGGGGGGGGUGAGUGUAUUUUUUUCACCUACCAGUGUUGCGGUUGUGUGAUGUGUUGGCUGGGGUUCACAACGUUAGUUGAAUAACUUUGCUCAAUAUGACUGCAAUUUUCUAACCCGGCUACUAGAUCACUGAGAGAGGCAGGGAUUGCUUUUUAUAUAAAAAGAUCAAAUGCAAAGCAAUCAAAGCUAUUGUUAAAGUGGAUUGAAAACACUUUCUCAUCCACUCAAAAGGGCACAUCAGGAGUUUGGUUUUGGGGCAUUGUGAUAUUGUCUCUUCGGGACACUUUGUCUCCACCUCGUGAGUCAGUUUGAUCCAUUGAGAUGUGGUCUGUCUUUGUCUGAAGUCUGUGACGGAGCCAGGGUGGAAAGGGGGGUUAGCUUGAUCAUUACAUAGUUCCAGAUUUCUCACUGUCCCAUGUGGAUGACAUCACAAGCUCCCACAUUGUCAGAGCAUAAGAGGGAGGAGAGAGGGGGAAGGAAAAGGAAGCCCGGUGGUGGGAAUUUGGGGUGGUUGAGACUUGAGAGUGACUUCACCCAUUUGGCUUUAGCCAAAAUAGUCUCAAACCCGCAAUUAUAUAUGGGCUCUGCCAUCUACUUUUGCUCUCGAAUGGGGAAGCUGUGUGAUUCCUUCACUCAGUGUUAUUCUGUCAGGACAUGCAGUUCUGUUUUUAUUCUGGGUAGGCUAGGCUUUCUGUUUUGGUUGAACUUAUUUUCACUUAUUUGUUUGGUUUCACAUGGGGUUUGUGGUGUGCAUCUAAUUUGGCCACCUACUAACUCCCCUUAUGAUGAGGGAUUCUAGUUGUCAUCCUCUGCACGCGUUCUCUCUCUGUCCCUCUUUCUGUUUCUCUCUCCCUUUCUCCAUAUACCUCCCUUUUUAUAUUUCUUCUCUCUCUUGCUCUCUCCCUCUCCCUCUUUCUCCCCCCCCCUAUCUCUGCCCUCGCUCUGUGCCCUCUUUCUGUUUCCCCCUCUCUAUAUAUCUUACCCUCUGACUCUUCUCCCGGUCAUUGCAGUGGGUUUGGCAGCAGGCCCAGUGCCACACAAUGGCUCCUCUCUCCCUGAGUAUAUCACUAAGCUCAUCCACCUCGCUGGCCCAGUACUUAACAGUGGCAGGCUUUCAAAAGGAGACCGCGGUGUAUCUGUCUCAUCUCAGCUGGUUGGUCUUAAAAAUCAUACAAUGUGAUUUUCUGGAUUUUUGUUUUAGACUCCAUCUCUCACAGUUGAAUUGUACCUAUGAUAACAAUACCCACCUCUACAUGCUUUGUAAGUUGGAAAACCUGCAAAAUCGGGCAGUGUAUCAAAUACUUGUUCUCCCCACUGUACGCUAUGCUUCAUGGAGUGGGUCCUUCUUUUUUUUCUGGUAAUAAUGCAUUGGUCCUCCCUGUUGACUCUCUUAUUUGCGGAGGUAAGCAGCAGAUUGCCCGAAUGCCAGUCUUAUUUUCAUCACUGCCUGUGUCUGUCUCUCUGUGCCAGGUGUGUGUCUCCUAGGCCUUUCUCGGGAGUUUUUCCUAGCCACCGUGUUUUAGGCGGGGUUUCUGUACGGCACUUUGUGACAUCAGCUGAUGUAAGAAGGGCUUUAUAAAUACAUUUGAUUGAUUGAUUGAGGUAGACUGUACGACAGAUGGCAGGUGACUGAGAACGACAAUGUCAAUAUGGAGGAGACUUGUUCCCAUAGAAAUAGAAUGGCUAGAUGGGCAUGACCAUUCUAGUCAUUCAAUUUCUAUACCCGCCGACUGUUCAGUAUCAGAGUACAAUUCAAAACAAUAUAGCUAUACUAUAUAGGCUACAUGCAACUAGGUUCGAUACUAAGUACAUCAUAAUGACUUCCCAAAGUCAUACACUAUUUGCUUCUUCCAGCAUUGCUGCGCUGUGUGGCAUUGUCAUACUUGCCACUGUGUUGCACAGAAGAGAGUACAUCUCCUGUCUGUGGUCCUUUGUGACAUACCUCCUCCACCGUCAUUGUUUUUAGCCCUGAAUGAAUAAUUUAAAGCAUGUUGCCCCAGUGUUUACCCUGAGAGACUAUGUGGAAGAAACUCGUCUCAAUGCUGAGUGUUGCAUAAGGAAUGUAGGGCGACAGUGCUGAGUGGACAAAGGAGCCAAAUAUUCCCCCCUAGGACUUUGUGAGGCCUCCAGAGCCUGGGCAAAGUUAUGUUUGAGCAGGGAGCUUCAGGCUCAAGCUGCCAAGUGUGAGUCACACUGCCACUGAGGCACUCACCCAGUCGUAGAGCUCUCGCAACCAACACCCUGUCCAACUGUUUCUAUGCCUAAAGGUUUUUGCAGGUGCAACCUGUGAUUCCAUUGUGGUCACAGGAUGAAAUACACACACAAUCAAGGCCCAAUUAAGCUGUACACACACAAUAACAAACUUUGUGCCACCUAAUCCGUGUUCAGUAUACUCAAAAAGACAGACAAUACUUUUUAGUAUGAAACUACACCUUUAAAAUGUUCUGUUUGGCUAAAUUAAGGAUGACUUUUGUCAUAAAGAGAGGAACCUGCAUGUAUUUUGUCCCCCCCCUCUCUCUAAAUCAAUCCGCUCCUCCCCGGUAGAAUCAUCAAGAGGCUGACAGGCAAUUGCCUUGUUUGUUCUGCCAGGGAGAGAAUUCACUCAGCCCUGACUGUCGAUGAAUCAGCCGGACGAUCUGGGAGAGCAGCGUGGGCUCCCCACCCGGCUCAGGACCCAAACCCCACAAAGGAAGACGCUGAGGGGUUGACAAGCCCCUAUAAAACAGGCCCAGCCCAGAUAAUGGAAACCGACAUGAAAAAGGACAAAGAAAAGAAAGUGGGGACCCACACAAAACUGGACGUCAUCCCGAAGUCACCUGCUACACCGACGUUGCCCAUGCCUGGCUCAAGUCCUAGCCCCAAACCUAAUAAAGACGCCGCAGUGAAGUCAGAGGACAGACAGAAGCUGGCCAAGGAGCGGAGAGAGGAGAAGGCCAAAUAUCUGGACAAGCUCGGCCAGAUACAAGCGGCGAAGAAGUCCCAAUGGCUGGAGAAAGAGGAAAAGGCCCGGCAGCUGAGGGAGAGCCAGCUGGACGAGCGGCGCAGGAAGCUGGAGGAGCAGCGGAUCAAGUCAGAGAAACGUCGCGCCGCCCUGGAGGAGAGGCAGAAACAGAAACUAGAGAAGAACAAGGAGCGGUAUAAGGCUGCCCUCCAGCGGUCCACGAAGAAGACCUGGGCUGAGAUCCGCCAGCAGAGAUUGUCCUGGGCCGGAGGCCUCGGCCAGAACUCCAGCCGAAGAGAAAGUAGAUGCUCGGUGUCGGCGGUCAACCUGCCCAAACACGUGGACUCGGUUAUAAACAAGAGACUCUCCAAGUCCUCCGCCACCCUCUGGACCUCCCCCAACAGAACCCGUAGCCUCCAGCUGAGCCCGUGGGAGAGCAGCAUUGUGGACCGACUGAUGACGCCCACCCUGUCCUUUCUGGCCCGUAGCCGCAGCGUCGCCAGCGUGCUCAGCAACGGUAAAGGCCAGUCGCCCCUAUGCCCUCGUUCGGCCUCGGCCAGCCCGCUGACGCUGUGUGCCCACCGGCCCCACCACCGCUGCUCCGACCGCUGGAGGGUGACGUCCAGCACGCCCGACAUCACCCAGCGCCGACGCGACUCCACGCCGAUAGAGAAGAAAAAGAAAGAGAAGAAGGACAAGGAGCGGGAGAAUGAAAAGGAGAAGAGUGCUCUCAGCAAAGACAAGGUGCUGAAGAAGAGACAGUCCUUACCCAGCAUGAGACACAGACCGGACCCCAGUCCUAGUCCCUUAUCCAGACAGCGGGAUGCCUCACCCGCCACUACUCCUAGAGCAAGACCUUCCUCCUCCUCUCCCAGCCCCGCUGCCUCCCCCAAACCCCCCUCUUCAGCCCGGGCUAGCCCCUCCACCCCCAAGGCCCGGCCCAAGAGGGCUAGGACCCCGGCCCGGGUGGACCAUGGGCGCACCUCCUCCCCCGUUCCCCUGGAGAGGGCCAGGGAGUCCCGUGGCCGUAGGUCAGCCACGCCCGAGGAUCCCAAAGGCAAGAGCUCCCCCGUUCCUUCAAUCGUGGUAUCCUCCGCUCUGGCCACGCCCCCUUCGCUGAGUACACCAAUCACGGCGGCCGGCGCCGCUCCCGCUGAGGUCCCUCCUUCCGCCCAAUCAACCCCCAGUGUACCUGCAUCGUCCCCAGCCCCAGCCUCCUCGUCAGCCAAGCCCAUGGCGGGCACUAACAACCCCGAGGAGGCCGCCCGGAUCCUGGCCGAGAAGAGGAGGCAGGCCCGGGAGCAGAGGGAGCGGGAGGAGCAGGAGAAACGCCAGCUGGAGGAGAGAGAGAAGGUCCUGCGAGAGGAGCGUAAGCUGCGGGAGGCAGAGGAGAGCCAGCGCAGAGAGGAGGAGGCGCGCCUCAUGGCUGAGGAGCAGCGCCUGAGAGACGAGGCCCAGCGUGUGGAUGAGGAGAAGGAGGCGCAGGAGAGAGCCAGGGCAGAGCAGGAGGAGAAUGAGCGCCUACAAAAACAGAGAGAGGAGGCUGAGGCUAAGGCCAAGGAGGAGGCCGAGAAACAGCGCCUGGACAGAGAGAAACACUUCCUGAAGGAGGAGCAGGAGAGACUGGAGAGGAAGAAGCGUCUCGAGCAGAUCAUGAAGAGGACGCGCAAGACAGACGGCGGGGAAAAGAAAGACAUCAAGUCCCCACCUCCCUCUCAAGUCAAUGGCAAAGCGGCCGAGAGCAGCAAAGCCUCUGCUGAUUACCAGCCAAGCCCAGAGAUCAACAAGAAUACAGAGAACGACCAUAGUGGUGAGAGAGACAGCUCCACGGUCCAUGUGGUCAACGGUGUCCAGCCAGCCAGUCACGAGAAUGGCCUGCCUAGCAAGGGGGACAACGCACACUUUGAGGAGAUCAUCCAGCUAGCUAAUCAAGGCAACAGCAGCAAUGGGGGGCGGGAGAAAUCAGAGAGCGACAUGCCCACUGAGCCAAUCCUGGCCUUUGAAAGUGAGGAGCCCUUCCUGAAAAAAGUGGGCCCCAUGAAGCCUCAGCAUGUCGCAGAGGUCCUGUGAGGUGUGCCACUCACGAAGGCGAUUCUUAGGCCCCCCCACCUUCCCGAACCCAGCCUCCGCUCGUAUGGGUAGAGAGCCCCUUUCUUCCCAAAGGGGCACUUUCCCUAUGACAUGUGCCAAACCAAUCACAGACUGCUUUCUAGGCCCCAAAAAACAAACUUUGCCUGGGAAAAGGGCCGAAGAAGAUGAAGAAGCAAAAAAAGACACAAGCAAAAUACAAAACAGGAUAUGACAUCAUCGCUACCCGACAGGGUGCAUCAGUGUUACCAUUUGUAGAUGGUAGAAGAUAUCACAGCAUCAAUUCUUCCAUAACAGUAUCGUCCAUGGUAGAUUUCACCAGUCCUGAGGGGGAAAAAAAUACACAUUUGACACUAAUGAGUAAUUGUUAUUAUUAUGAUGAGUUGAAAGAGAAAUUCGUUUUUUUUGUUUCUAAUGUUUAGUUUAUUUAAGUUGAAGAGAAAUGUAAAGACUAGGUACAGUUUUAUGUGAAUAAUGUAAAUGAAAACGUGAACGUUGGACUAAAGGAGGGAGGGGUCUGUGGAAUAAAUAGUACAUGAAUUUAUGAAAAGGAAGCCCGAUGUUUACUUAACUCCUGCCUUUCAAGGUUUGCCCAGUAACUAAUAUGUAUUGAAAACAUAAUAUCGCCUCUGUAAAAAAUUUUUGUAAAUGUUCUGUAAAUGGAGCUUCCCUGCAAAUAGGUCUCCAAAAUACCGAAGAAGACGUUUGACAACGUUUUGACAAUGUAAGAAUUACGUUGUUGCAGCACAGCGUCAGCUGUCUCCAAGGAGUCCUGUGUCGACAGGUUUUCUUUUUUAGCCGUUCCACUCCUCAAUUAUGAUUGAUUGUACUCUGAAGUGAGUAUAGAAAUGAACAAGGGAUCAGUUGAACGGAAAACAGCACGCACAUGGGUACUCCAGAUUCAGUGAUCCAGUCAGUUUAAUCAGUGUUGAAACAGAAUGUACACAAGAGCAUCCCAUCCCACCAUAUAAAAAAAGUCACCGUGCAGUUGAGUUUUUUUCUAAACCUGAGCAAGAAGCAUGAUACGUUGCCUCCUCCAUUGAGAUUCCACAGAUUCGAAUGCGUUUGAAAAUGAAAUGCUGGUGUGUGUAUAUGCUAUAAAUAUAUUGUGUUGUGUGUUAAAGGUUCAGAGGGAGUAUCGGAGUCUUAUUAAAGAAUAAAUUGUUGUCCAGUU